AGCCUAUUAUAUUACCAUAUGAACAUAAUAUUUCUUUUUUAAUUGUAAAGACAUAUCAUGAACGGUAUUUGCAUCAGAAUGACAAUGUCGUAAUUGCAGCUAUUCUUCAAAAGUUUUGGAUUAUUAAACAAAGGUCACUUUUGAAAAAGGUCAAGAAAUAUUGCCAAGAAUGCAUUAUUGCUAACGCAAAACCAGUACCACCCAUGAUGGCACCCUUACCAGAUUAUCGGACCGAAUCUUUCUUGUAUCCAUUUACGCAUACUGGAGUGGAUUACUUUGGUCCAUUUGAAGUUGCAGUAAAACGAUCAAGAGAAAAACGUUGGGGUGUGAUUUUUACAUGUAUGUCUAGUAGAGCAGUUCACAUCGAAAUGGCUGAGAAGUUAGAUACAGAUUCUUUUAUUGUCUGUUUGCGUAAUUUUCAAAACAGAAGAGGAAAAGUUAAGCACCUUUACAGCGAUAAUGGCACGAACUUUGUUGGAGCUGACAAUGAAUUAAAAGAACUAAUUGUGAAUAUUGAUAAAAGAAUGAGAAACGGUGAUGCGGCAGCAUUAGCCUUAAAAUGGACAUUCAAUCCUCCCGCGGCAUCGCAUUUUGGCGGAGUAUGGGAGAGGCUUAUUAGAAUCAUAAAGUUAUCACUAUACAAAAUGCUGAAGCAGUAUGGUAGUCGUUUACCACGACCAGCAAUUUUAAGAUCUGCUCUGAUCCAAGUAGAAUUUAUUUUAAACUCUCGUCCUUUAACACACAUACCAGUAGAAGAUAUCGACGACGAAAUAAUGACACCAUUUCAUAUUCUAAUUGGUCGUGCUGGAGAAUAUGUACCACCUUAUGAUCCAACAGCAAUUCACUUAGAAAAACAUCAUUGGAAAAAGGUUCAAAACUAUGGGAAAUAUUUUUGGGAUCGGUGGACGAAAGAGUACCUUCCAUUGUUGUUGAAACGAAAUAAAUGGACUAAUCAAAUUGAACCUAUUAAAGUUGACGAUAUUGUUGUAAUAACUGAUGAUAAGGCACCUCCUGGAACAUGGUUGAAAGGUCGAGUAAUCAGUGUUAGAAUGGCUAAAGAUGGACAAGUAAGAUCUGCUGAAAUUAAAACAUCUAAAGGUAUUUAUAAAAGGCCAGCCGUCAAAGUGGCAGUUUUAGAUGUUCGGAAAAUUCAAAAGCCAAAGCCAUCUUUAGAAACAAAUGAUGAUUUAUUUCAACAAACUCAAAACUUUCAAGGAAGGCAUGACACAAUUCCACUUUCAGAACCGAAGAAACUAGAUUCACCAGAUUUAAUCCCGAAUCAAAAUGAUCAUGAAGAAAUGUGCGAUCUACGUUUCGAAACUAGAGGAUUGAUAGCAUUUGACUGUGCCAACCCAGAGGUAAACAUGACAAGUUACUCGCUUCUUGAUGUAGCUUCUUGUAUUCCUCAGAAAAGUAAUUUGAGUUCAACAGAAAUAACAAUACAGGUUUUACAAAGGAAUGUAAAAAGUUUAACUAAAGUUCUUCAAUGUAAGGUAAUAAUUGAAGGUCCAUAAGACAUUGUGGCUCAUUUUCGCAUACUUCAGAUUAUCAGUAUGGAUAUUCUUACAUCGUCAAAGAAUUCAAUUCAGAGGAAUGUACAAAGGUACACGCUUUAGGAAUGGUAUCGCUGACUCAUGACAGACAAAUUAAUGAGCUGAAGUUAAAUUC